AUGGCUCUACCACCUCCGCUCCCCCAAGGGCCAAUCUACCGCCAAACGCUGCCGAUAUGGAAACGCAUGACUCUUUGGCUCAAAGUACACUUCGUCAAAACCCUUGCCAAUAUCUUCGGCUCAAUACUGAUAUCCCCCUAUGUACGCGGUCGAGCAAGCCUCCCUACAUUCACUAAAACCUAUCCCAUCCACUCCUCUCUCACCCAUAGAAUCUUUAUUCCACCCACCUACAAAUCCGGCGGCCCACCUCUUCCCCUCUACCUCAACGUCCACGGUGGAGGAUUUGUCUUCGGUGUUCCUGCUAUCGACGACGAAUUCUGUUCUUACUUCUCCUCUAAACACAACAUCCUGGUCAUCUCCCUCGACUACUCCAAAGCUCCCAAAGCAAAGUUCCCUCAACCAAUUAACGAAUUAACCGAUGUUGUAACCGCCAUCCUCGAAGACGAAUCUCUCCCGUUCGAUCGCUCUAAAGUAGCUAUUGGUGGUUUCAGCGCUGGCGGCUGUUGUUCCCUCGCCGUUCCACAAGCUCCCUAUCUUCAAGGCAAAAUCCAGGGCGUAUGUGCAUUCUACCCCCUUUGUGGGUUUGUGACGCCGCAAUCAGUCGCAAUUGCAGCGAGACCUUCUUAUGCGCCUAAAGAUACUUUGGAAUCUUUGGGACCACUGUUCGAUUAUGCAUAUACACCUCAUGGAACAGAUUUGUGUGACCCGAGACUUAGCGUUAUGUAUGCGGAUAGAAAGAUGCUGCCGGAGAAAAUUUGUAUGGUGGGGUGUGAGUUGGAUAUGUUGUGGUAUGAUGCUGAGUUUAUGGCAGAGAGAUUUGUGGGGAAGGAGAGGGUAGAGGGUGAGACAGUUUGGGAAAAGGAUGGGGUGCGAUGGGAGAAAAUUAUGGGUGUUGAGCAUGGAUUUGAAAGUUUUGGGGGGCGCCUGCAAAAAGAUAAAGUCAAGAAAGAAAAGUUAAUGGCAACAGGGAGGAAAAUGUACGAUGACGCUGCAGAGUGGCUAUUCAGAGAAGUCUACCAUUAA